AUGGUCGUCAAACUUUAUGCCGGUGCACGGGUCUCUGGCGGUAGCUCGAUUGUCGCGACAGUCUUGUUGGCGAAAAACAUCCCAUACGAACACAUCCUGGUCGACGUUCCCGGAAAACAGAAUAAAGGACCUGAGCACCUCGCUAUCCACCCGUUUGGCCAGAUCCCUGUCCUCGAUGAUAAUGGCUUUAUCCUUUACGAAACUCGCGCUAUAUGCAAGUACUUGGAGAACAAGUACCCCGGCCAUGGUCAACAGCUGGCUCCCGUGCCGACCGACGCCGAGGGACAGGCUAUUUUCGACCAGAUGUUGUCCGUCGAGGUCAACAAUUUCUACCGUCCGAUGUUCAAGAUCGUACAGGAAGUUGUGUUCAACAGGCUCUUUGGGAUCGAAGCCAAUCAGACCAAUAUUGAUCAAGGGGUCAAGGACCUCGGCACUACAUUGGAUGUUUACGAGACCGUUCUCGCGAAGCAGAAAUAUCUUACAGGUGGUCAAAUCUCGUUGGUCGACUUGUACCACCUCAUCUACACGCCUGGGUUGGCUCCAGCCGGAGUGGACAUCAUGACUCGUCCAGAGCGGCCCAAUGUGACUCGGUAUUUUGCCCCUCUCUUGUACUCACCCAUCCUUUGCUUAUCAAGUGUUGGUGUAGGUGGUGGAAUGACCUGA